GAUUCCAUCUAUUACUUCUCAAACAACCUCUUCUUCUUGGGAGACUAACAACAAGGACCCCAAUGCACAAUCCAAGAGGGCUAGCACAAACAGAAAUGAAAAGCUGGAGGCAGUUACCAAACUGCAUCCUUAGUAGCAGUUGCCUGACUGUUGAAGCAAUUUGCCAUCUCAGACGACUGGGGCCCACUGGCUGCCUGGCAUUGCCCACAAGCUCCACAGUGAAAGAGGAAAGCAAUGGGAGAACCAUCCUUCUAGGACCUUCAAUUCCCAGUAGCAAGCUCUCUAUCAAAGAUCUAGAGCAGAGAUGAUGAUAUAUUAUGUAGCGUUGUAUUUUUGGGCAUAUAGUUGCGUUUAGAACACUUUUUGAAAUGUUUUAAAGCUUGACUAUUAAAAAAAACUCCGUUUCGUGCAUGCUAAAGCGAGGGCAAGCAUACCAAGCCCUAGUCCAACUCAUGUAUAUGUACAGAGAGCCUUUCAGACCAAAGGUUAAAAUUCUUCGUCAGUACCAAAUCCCAUGAUUAUAUGUCCGCUAAGUCUGUACCAAGAGAUUGCUGGUUUCCGUCGUGUCCUACAUCCAAAACCGAUUCGAUGAUUGGCACGCAAAACGUUGCUUUCAUCAUUUCCGACGGAACUCCGAUAGACGUUGCCAUCGGAAUCUGUAUUUCUCUGCUGGUACCGGAAUAGGAUUUGGGUGCGUUCUGCUUUGCACGAGCUCCACCCCCGUGAGCUCGACAGAGUUGAACUUUCCCAAUCGCAACGCGAUUGCAGCCUGCAAGCUUGCAACGAACACCACCGCCAUGCUAUGCGUUCAAAUCCAAGAGAAAACAUGAAACGAASACAUUAAAAACACAAUAAAAAGAUACAGCCUUCAAAUAUCAUGUACUGUCCAUUUGAUUCCACGGACUUAGCGAUGUGAACUUACCGCAGCGCAGAAAUUUGUACGACCACGAGAUACCUUCUCACAACCCGCAAACGAACAUUUCUUUCCACCUCCGUGCUUGACACAGAAUUUCGUGGAUGAUUGUGCCGACUUGUCACAACCUUCCACAGCACAUCGACGGCCACCACCAUGGGCUGUACAUAAACUGGAACCCCCGACAGCAGACUUGCUGCAACCCGCGUGUUUGCACCUUUUCCCACCUCCAUGGGCCGCACAAAAACUGGAACCCCCGACAGCAGACUUGCUGCAACCCGCGUGUUUGCACCUUUUCCCACCUCCAUGGGCCGCACAAAAGAACUUGUCGCGAGCACCCUUGUCACACCCAGGAUAUGUGCAACGUCGACCACCACCAUGRGCAAUACAAAAUCGUGUCGACCCCUGGGCGCAUUUUGUGCAGCCUUCAUGUUCGCACAUCCUGCUCCCACUAUGACGAACACAAUAGGGUCGCCGUGCCAAGGCUGGGUCAUCACAUCCCUGGAUGCGACAGGGCUGGACCAAAUUGGAGGGGCGACGGCGAGAUUCUAUUUGUGAGAAGAAGUAAACAGCAAACUCAAGCAAACCGAACAAGUAUUAAAAAACGUACCUUGAACGAUUUGUUACUCUUAACGUUUGUCGUCGGUUGACUGACUGAUCUCGUUGGUGCCGUUAUAUUGAGAGAAAUUUGACUACUUAUUCGAUUUACUUCAACAGGGGCGUGUUGAGGCACAAAAGGUGUAGAAGAAGCAGAGUUGGUAGAACCCGUUASAAUUAUGUUAUCCAUGGGGAUGGACAAGACCGCAUUUGGCACAAUUUCUUGAUCUUGCUGUUCUGUUUGUUGCUGCUGCGACGAAAAAGAAUAGCCAUGGUUUGGAUUGACAUKAUCAAUAGUUUGAUUGUGUGAUUGAUGCGUGAACGCAGUGCGUUGAAUUGGCUCUUGCAGUGAUUGAUGUGGUGUUGUUGCACCGGGAUAUUCAUUUAUAGUAGGCUGAACAACCUGGUUAGGCAGACGGAAUGGUUGAGGAAGCGGCAAAUGAGUCGACACGGCAGGAAGAGCUCCGUGAACUUGAUUCUCAGAGGAUUCGUUUUGCCCAUCUUUUGGUUGUUCUUGUGCUAUUUGUGCAUACAUUAUUUGGGAUGGCUGAAAAAAAACAUGUGCCCGUUUCGAGCCAUUAGAAUUUGUUGGAACAUGGCGGUGGACAGGUUGCAUGUCAACCACUGAUUUUAUGGCGUCGUUCAGGUGGUUCUGUAUGCCUUCAUAUGUAUGUCUCUGGAUGAGCUGGGGUGACGGUGUUUCUAUUUCCAAUCCUCUUUGCCCCGUGUAAAUCGAAGGUGCAGUAUGAGUGGUUCCACCUAAUGUGUACAACGAAUCAACUUCUGCUGUCAAUGAAUUUAUUGAUUUCUCUUGAGACUCCAUCUCAGUCGAUAUCGCCCCGAUUGGACGUUUUUUGAUCAUGAAAUGCUGGUGCAUCUCGACGUCAGCAGCCAUUUCUCCAAGAUCCGCCGGCGUGCAAUCUUUCCAUACAUCUCCAUCGACAGUUUUAUGAGGCUCAACUUUAUCUAGGCCACCCCACAAUAGUUUCAAUGCCUGCUGGACAAACUUCAAAACAAACGGUAUCGAUCCCGAGCGAACAAAUGAAUAACAACAGA